UGCGGUAAACUGGGCCGUGAAAUGACGGCUGGGUGAAAUGGUUUUCUGCUGCUUGGUUAACUCAUGUUCAUGUGCACGUGAGCGUACGCACGCGGGCCUGUAAUGACCAAUCAGCAGAUAUUUUAAACCCUCGGUUUGCUGAUCUGAUGAGUAGAGCGAGACUCCACGCAGAGAGAUGCUGCACACGCGUGGAACAGCACUCCGUUUCCGCCACAGUCACUGUGGCGUGUCCUUCUGAACGCUCCGCACGCAGCGAUCCUUUCCACUGUCAGUCAAAACUGGAAGGACUAUGACAGAUAGACCCAUCUGCCAGUUCGGAGUGAGCCAGCUAGGAAGAUAGAACAUUCGUGACUUCUACAUCUCCAUCACAAAGAUGAGGAAUAUUAUCCUGGGCAUUGUUUGUCUCUGUGUUUGCCUGACCCUUGAUGAUGCACUGGCUUUAAAUGGGCGGAGGACACACACAGCAGAUGGAGAGGGAAUAGAAGCAGCCAUCAGAGGAGAGAAGCUGCUGAAACGAGUGAGGCGAGGCUGGAUGUGGAACCAGUUUUUCCUGCAGGAGGAGUAUACAGGCUCUGACUACCAGUAUAUUGGCAAGCUCCAGUCAGACCAGGACCAUGGCGAUGGCUCAGUAAAAUACGUUCUUUCUGGUGAGGGGGCUGGCACCAUCUUUGUCAUUGAUGAGAAUAACGGCGAUCUGCACGCCACGCGCCGCCUUGAUCGAGAGGAGAAGGCCUUUUACAUCCUCAAAGCCACAGUGGUCAACAAGUGGACGGGUCAAAAACUGGAGCCAGAGACCGAGUUCAUCAUCAAACUCCACGACAUCAAUGACAAUGAACCAAAGUUCAGCAAAGAGGUGUAUACUGCCAGUGUUCCUGAGAGGUCUGAUAUUGGUACAUCGGUCACCCAGGUGACAGCUACAGAUGCUGAUGACAGAAUGUAUGGGAACAGUGCCAAACUGGUCUACAGCAUCAGUCAAGGACACCCAUACUUCUCUGUGGAGCCAAACACUGGUGUGAUCCGGACAGCCCUGGGUCCUGGUGACAUGGACCGCGAGCAGAGGGAGCACUACCAGGUGGUGAUUGAAGCCAAGGACAUGGGCGGACAGAGAGGAGGCCUGACCGGGAGCACUGUGGUUAAAAUCACUCUCACUGAUGUCAACGACAACCCUCCCCGCUUCACUCAGAGUAUAUACCAGUUCAGAGUUCCUGAAUCAUCCAAGUCCGGCUCUAUCGUUGGGAGAAUUCAAGCCACCGAUAAAGACAUUGGAAAGAACAGUGAGAUGGACUUCACAAUCAUCAGCGGUGACGGGAUGGAAAUGUUUGACAUCUCCACUGACAAAGAAACACAAGAGGGACUCAUCACUGUCAGAAAGCCUUUGGAUUAUGAGAAGAAACCAUCAUACACGAUAGAGCUCCAGGUCCAGAACACCCAGGAAUAUGUUCGCUUCAUGUCUUCAGGCCCAAAAGACAUGGCUACGGUUCGGUUGGCCGUGGAUGAUGUGGAUGAGCCGCCUGUGUUUGAAAAAGCCAGCUACCUGUAUGAGGUGAAAGAAGAUGUUGCGGUGGGCACAGUAGUGGGCUCAGUCAGCGCCAUGGACCCCGACAGAGCUCGCAGCAUUGUCAAUUACUCCAUCGACCGUCGCACUGACAGGGGCCACCUCUUCAACGUAUAUCCAAUGAAUGGAUCUGUGUUCCUGCUCAAAAGCCUGGACAGAGAGACGACUGCCUGGCAUAAUAUUUCAAUUGUUGCCACAGAGCUGAAUAAUCCCCGUCAGAGCAGCAGCGUCAGUGUCUACAUCCGUCUGCUGGACAUCAAUGACAAUGCUCCCAUGUUUGCCACUGUCUAUGAAACCUUUGUCUGCGAGAAAACCAAGGUCGGCCAGCGAAUCCAGAUAGUGAGUGCUGUUGAUGCUGAUGAGCCGUCAUCAGGACACAAGUUUUCCUUUAGUCUGGCUCCAAAGGGGACCCACCACAGAAAUUUCAGCAUCAGAGACAAUGGAGAUAACACUGCUGGCAUCCUGACUGGCCAAGCCACCUAUAGCCGCCUUCACAAGAGCGUCUACCUGGUUCCUGUGGUGAUCACCGAUGAUGGCUACCCCAUGCAGAGCAGCACUGGCACACUUACUGUGAGGGUUUGUACCUGUGACCAUGAAGGCAACAUGGAGCUGUGUAACCCCGAAGCUCUGAGUAGCUCGCCUGGCCUCAGCACAGGAGCCCUCAUUGCCAUCCUCCUCUGUGUCAUCAUACUCCUCUUGGUUGUGGUUCUAGUCACUGCAUUAAAACACCAAAGGAAGCAGGAACCUCUUAUUAUCUCCAAAGAAGAUGUCAGGGACAACGUGGUUAGCUACAAUGAUGAGGGUGGUGGUGAGGAGGACACCCAAGCGUUUGAUAUUGGCGCCCUGCGACACCCAGCUGCUGCAGCUGCCUUGGAUGAGGGUGCUAAACAGAGGCGUGACAUCAUCCCUACUGAUACCCUGCUGUAUCCAACAGUUCACCACCCUGCCCCAGCUCCCUCCACCCUGCUUAUGCCCCCAAUAAGCAUGGCUGCACGUGAUAAUGGGGACGUAUGCGAGUUCAUCAACCAGAGAGUGAUGGAGAAUGACUGCAACCCCACAGCGCCACCGUACGACUCACUGGCCACGUAUGCCUAUGAGGGAGCGGGGUCAGUGGCCGAGUCGCUCAGUUCACUGGGCUCAGCUUCAUCCGAGGCUGAACAGGACUACAACUACCUGAGUGACUGGGGGCCCCGGUUCAGGAAACUAGCUGACCUGUACGGGGCUGAGGACAGUGACUUCUAGCAGUUACACCCUCCAUGUCAAAGAUGAGUUCAGGUGACAUUUAGACCAUUGCAGAUCUGAGGACAGCAACAUCCAAGCUAUUAAACUGAGAGAGUUGCCUCUUAAAAUUGCUUUAAGAAAAUGUGAGAACUUGAGCACACAUAGACUUCAUAUGAGAAACCAACAGAUGUGCUGGUAGGUGCGAAUUCUUAUAAAGCAAUAUUCGAGAUCACCAGCUAACCUUUGAUCUGUCCUCACUGCACAACCGUCCAGAAACGGAGUUUACCAAGUGAUUUUAAAAGGGGAUAAAAGUCUUUAAUCUCUAUUUUUGAUCUUAUGUAGAAAUGUUAAUCAACUAAGACAACGGUGAAGCCCAAAUAUCUUCAGCUCUAAUCAUAGGAAACUUUUCAAAGACCUGUGGCAGGCCGAAAUGAGGUUUGAGUUCUUUUGCUUUCAUUCUUUCUUUCAGCUAAGUGCCCUUCUGCUGCCCUGCAAACAGAACAGUGGACGCCUGUUGGCUGGCUGAGACUGGAGGGGCUGAAUUACUCGUACAUGAUUGUUUGUCUUUUUUGCUUUCUUGUUCCAGAGGAGCUGGUCUGAAGAACCCUCUCUCGAAGGGACAGAGUAAAAAAAGGACACAUUAUGUGACUAAAUGCACUGAUUUCUAUCUUUUUACAAAGGCUUAACUUUUAUGUGCUACACAGACGAAGACAUAUCUUCACACCUGUAUCCUGUAUUUUUAACUUCUUGGUUUGGUAUUUGGUGGCAGAACUGUGGUUGAACUUAUUAUACUGGAACUAUAAUAAGUUCUAAGCAUCUUUAAUUUCAGUCUUUUCCUAUUACAAAAUACAAGUUUAUAUAACACAAAAAGUUGUCGAGUAAUGUUUUCUUUGACAGUAUGCUUUAUAGUUUCCAUCAUGUACAUGCCUUCACAGCAGGGGUGUCACUCUUCAUGCCACGGUGGAGAGAAUGAUUUAAAUCAAACAAAGCUGCAUUCACCAUGUUUUACAUGUAAUGUUAAACAUCAAAUCUCCAGAAAAAUAAUCAUGAACUGUGGCUACAGACGGGCGCAUUCAGCAGUCCUGUACAUCUCUCUCAGGAGCUGGUGAAGACUCGGACACUCUUAACAUCAAGACUCAGUGGAACAUAAACCCUGCAUUACCAGCUGUAUGCUAACACAUCCACCAUACCAAGAACACUGUAAAUAAGAUGCCUUGUCCAGUGUGUAGGAUACAGAGGGAUCUGUUGUCAGAAAUGUGAGUACAGUAUCCAAAAAUACAUUUGCAUCAGUAUAAUCUCAAAAUAUUGAUACAAAUAAUAUCAUUGUUUUUGCUAGAAAUAGAGAAUAUAGACAAAGACCUCUUAAAUACUCUAGAAGUCUGCUUGUGUGAUGAUCUAGAAUGAAUGAUGCUGUAACCCAGAGCUCUUCAACUUUUUUUCCUGGAGACUUUCAUCAAGUUUCAAUAUUCACUGGUGAUCACAGCAACAGCAGCCGCUCCUCUGCAGCCUGUAUUUUGAUUUGAGCCACAAAGCAGGCAGCGGUAGACAAUCUAUAACAGCAGCCUCCUGCAAGCUUCACCUAUAACCACCUCAACCAGAUGGAAGUGUCCGCUGUAGCCUAACAUCUAGUUACCAUUUGAAAGCAUGCACCAGACGGAAGUGUGUCUUGAUGUAAAUUCUUAACCAACCCAUUAGCAUGCAUUAGCAGAAUGCUAUUGAUUUUGAGCAAAAAUCACUUCCUUAUAAGAGUAAUGAAAGUACGUGAGUCAUUUCGAUGUGAACACAGAAUUUAAAUUGGGGACUUCUAUUUAGAAUCAGAGGUAAAUAACAAAUUAAGCUCCAUUUAGCUUCAUUGAGAACCAUGCUGGGAGCUCCAGCUUGUGCACCCCUGACUGAGCUGAAGCCAGUUUCUGUAAAGUGGAAGAGCCAGGAACUCCAGACUCCAACUUUUCUUUACAUAGGCCAAAACAGCAGGGAAACAGCCUUAAAGUAACAUCAAGCAAUAAGCAAUUCAAAGUAAGCAUUUAGCUUGUCACCAAAGUGGCAACAUAAAUGAGACCGCACAAAUGAAUGCAAUCAUUUCACUUUACAGGGUUUGUUAAAGUUAGACUUGUAUUCAAAUCAGUGGUAACAAACUGUUGUUGUGGUUAAAACGUGAAAAGCAGCCCUGCUUCACACUCAGCAUAGCCUAGCAUAGCCCUCAUGUGUCUUUUGGUGACUGGUUACAUUGUUUUCAGUUUUAUAUGUGUUGUCGUCUCCUCUGUAGUUCAUAGUUUGAUUAUGAUCCAAAUGUUUUUGCCCAACCACUUGCUGGUUUUUGUGGAUGAGAAAAAGGAAACCAGUUUGCCUCCUUCACUGGUUUAUCUGCUUGCUUCCUUUAGCUUUUGUUUUUAAAUGCUGUAAUUAAGUAAAACUGGGACAGUGAAUUUGUCAUUAGCUUAAGUGUCACACUAAUUAAUGGAGCUGAAGGUGAAAUCACAACCGCUAACCUCAGUGAUAUAUUUCAUGAUUUUAUAUCAGGAGGUUUGUAUUGUGUGUCUCACUAAAAGCAUCAGUUUGUUCCAGCUGUGUUUUGUGACCCUGCUCUGCUCUGAAGGCUUAAAACGAAAAUGUCCUCUUGUUUUUUUCCUUGUCUUGUAAGUUUUUCCUUUGGCUCCGUAUAUUUACAGGACAUGAGAAGGUAAAAACCUCAAACGCCACCCAGCUUCACUGUCUGAAAGUCACUGUGGGCAGUCUACUGUCUAUAUACAAUGAUGUAUUACUGCUUUUUUAAUUUGAUGAAAAUAAACUUUUGUAUUGAA